AUGCUACAAAAUGCGCACACCUUCGAGUAUGUGGGUGAUCGCAGUGGUGUUACUGGUUAUCGUUCUUCCUGUGAGAAUGGUACGAUUACGGCCGGGAACGCUUCAACGCUGAGCGAUGGCGCUGCAGCAGUGGUGCUCACAACAGCCGAAAAUGCUGAGCGCACCGGCCUAAGACCGCUGGCACGAAUCCUCGCAUUCAGUGAUGUUGCGACGAAUCCCGUGGAUUUCCCGAUCGCGCCGGCACUCGUCAUUCCAAAUCUUCUCAAAGCAACAAAACUGAAGCAAGAAGAUAUUGCAGUUUUCGAGAUUAACGAAGCGUUUGCAGCUGUAGUGCUGGCAGUGAUGAGGAAGUUGGACAUCCAUCCAUCUCGAGUGAAUCCACAUGGUGGUGCUGUAUCUAUUGGCCAUCCAAUUGGGAUGUCUGGUGCUCGCUUAGUGACACAUUUACUCUACGCGCUACAACCGAAGGAGAAAGGCAUUGCGGCAAUUUGUAAUGGCGGUGGUGGCGCCAGUGGAAUGCUUAUUGAGAAAAUGUCUGGUGCUCGUUUAGUGACACAUUUACUCUACGCGCUACAACCGAAGGAGAAAGGCAUUGCGGCAAUUUGCAAUGGCGGUGGUGGCGCCAGUGGAAUGCUUAUUGAGAAGUUCUAA